AUGAAGCUUUUGGGACUUUUUUUCGGUGCUUUGUCAGCUCAGCUCGUCGACGUCUAUUUUGACGAUCAGGGUCAACAAUCGGAGGAUGGCAAAACUUGGAGAGCUCUCGAUGUCGACGAGAAAGGACCAGGAAUGUGCAAGGGUCAGAAAAUUCCAGCUGUUGAAAAUGGCAAGUGGAAGUGCCAGCGAAACUUGAACGAUGACGGUACCAAAAAAGGCAAGGGCCGAAAGUGCAAGCUCCAAUGCAACAAAGGCUUCCAACAAUUCUCCGAUAAGCAGAACAGACCCUGGUCCGACGGAGUUGUCAAGUGCAAGUCCAACAAGGGCUGGAAGCGAAAGCCUGGAAAGAUUUCCUGCGUCAAGAAGUAA